AUGCUCUUGGGCAAGGAGAGCCCUGUGGAGAUGAGCUCCAAGGUGGUGGGCAUGCUGUUGCAACUGCCGCUGCCAGAGCUUCGGCAGUUGGUUGGCUCCUCCUCGCUGCUGCGGCAGAGACUUGCCGAAGCCCUGAAGCUUCUGGGCAUUCAGCAAGCCGGGCCGACAUCGACCUCCAGCGAGGCUGCUCCGGAGAUGUGCCCGCCGGUGGCUCGCCAAGCCGAGUUGCUGUUUGUGGCACUGAGCUGCCUCCUUGGCGAUCGAGACCUUGCGCUCUCCCUCACGAGCUCCUUGCAGCGACGCCUCACGGAGGCGGAGUUGGUGGGCUGUUUGGUAGAAGAGAAAAGGCUCCGCACCUCCAUCAAAGCACUCUCUAAGACGUUGGAGAAGGAGCUGAAAGACGAAAAGGGUGCCGAGCCCAAGAGCCGGGCGCGGUCAAGGAGACGAAGCCAGCGAAAGAAGGCGCCACUUCCAGCGCAGCCUCAGCAAGCUCAGCCAGCGCCACAGCCAGGUGCCGCGAAGCGGAACCUGACAGGGCCCAGUCCCGGCGCAGAACGUGGCCCUGCUCCUGCAGGCGGCAAUGCUGGCAGGCCAGCGUUUCAGCCCCGCCCGGCCGGAACCGUGGCCAGCCUGCAGGCGCCGCCGAAGAAGCCCGAUUCUCCCCAGGCGGCCCCGGCGACAUCCGCAGCAGCUGCAGCAGCUGCAGCCACCUCGGCCACUGCUGCCACGCCUGGUGGUGCGUCCGCGGCUGCCGCGGGGCCGGCAGUGGCUAAAGAUGAGGCAGCCGUGGCCGCGCCGGAGGUGAAGCAGGCGGCGGCUGGGUGUUGUGAAGUACCCUUGGGUACCGCCCCAUCUGCAUCUACAUCUUCGGGCAAGGCCAUGCAGCGAAGCCAAUCGCAGGCACCACAGGCAUCUGCACCGACACCUGUGGCAGAGGCCUCCCGCGCAGCCCGCGCUGCCAGCGCCGAGCCAGACCCGAAGCGGCAUCAGGAUUCUGGACAGUCUCGACGCCCGCAGCGCACGAAGCGAAAAGGCCACGUGUGGUCGCCAGUGACAGAUGCAUUCGAGGUCGCACGCGCGAGUCUGGCAGAAAACGAAGAAGCGAAGGCCAAGGCCUCCACGUCGAAGCCCUCUGCUAAGGCCAAGGCACCUGCACCGCAACCUGACCGUCUGGCUCAGCAGGAGAUUCGUCAACAGCUGCAAGCUCUUGCCGAAUCCAAACUGCGAGCCGUGGAGAACGAGGAUUUCGAACUGGCUCAACAGCUGAAGCAGCAGGAGCAGGAGCUGCAGCAGCUUUGUGGGCCUGCGAAGUCCUGGGCUUCCAUCGCCACGCCAGCAGCGCCACCAACUCGAAGCGUAAAGCCAGGCAUGGGAGUUCCUCCGAAUCCGAAUCGCAGCCUCUCACCUGCGCGGACGGUUGCGCAGAAGACCGGGAAGCUGGUGUUCGUGUUGACAGCCCCAGGGGAGCUCACUGUCGAGUCCUUCAAAGCAACCUCAACGCAUGUGUCGCGACGAGAUGCCUUGGCGCGCAUUGCGACGGCAGCAUUGUGGAGAGGUCGAUCUCUUUGCUGGGACGAUGUUCAUGAGAUAGUGUUCAUCUUCGAGGAUUACCAUGCGCUUCACAUAACACCGCGAUUUGUGGCGAGCUGCCCCGUGCCUUCAGAGUACCAUCUGAUAAUGGUUCUGGCGCGAGCACUGGAGGGAACUGGAAUGCCAGGACUUGAGAUUACGGCGCCGGACAAGAAAAGAUUCCUCGGAGGUCACUUCGAAGAUAUGGUUGCCAAGUAUGGCCGCUCUGCACCGUCCGCUGUAGUCUUGCUGCACGAGGCUUUCCCACAAAGUCUGGGCCUCUACGACCGAAGUGCAGGAUCACGGGGCGACUCCCUGAGAAAUCUGGUCUUCUUCCUGGGAGCGGUGAAGGACAUGACGCCCGAAGAGAGGGGUGCUGUGCAUCGAGCCUGCCGCCAUCACUCAGUUCCCUGCGUGGAGGCAAACCUCGGCCAACAGGCCGAGUUUACCUCGAAAAUCAUCGAUGUACUGCACGGGCACCAUUUGUACGGCCGCUUGGCCCCAGCCGUGUGGCGAUGCACGCGGCAUCCACAGAAGGCGGAGCAGGCAGAGGCAACCCGUCCAGCUCCACCAAGUGGGCUGCUCUGGGUUUUCGUCCCGAUGGGCGGAUCGCCUCGUGAUCCUGUGGCUGAUGACAAGAAGAGGGACGGGCAGUACGAAAUUCCGCGCUGCUGCAUUUCCCAGCUCUGGUGCUCGAAGAGUGAGCAUCGAAGCCAUGCCUUGUCCUUCGUUUACCCGAACGGAGAGGUGUUGACGGUGAACCCGUCCUUGGUGACGUGCCUCAAACUCCAGCACCGUGCAGCGCCGACAGAGCGGAAUCUGGUGAACGCCCUCCGUGUGGCCACAGGCGAUUGGAAGGCUGAUCCGAACUUGACGGUGGAUGAGGGCUGUGUUGUCCUCGGCAAAGCCUCGGACAUAAUGGCGCAGCGAG